AUGAAAUCAGCUGACUUCAAACGUCUAGCGGGUUGCCUAUCGGCUAAUCUUACUGAAGAUGAUAACAAAAGUGUGUUGUACAAUUUUUACACCGCAAAUAAAAAAAACGAACCCGUGGCUAUUACCGUCGAUACUGUAGAAAAUUUGGAAGAAGCUGGAUUUGACGUGGCACAAAAAACUGUAUUUCUCGUUUACAGUUUCGAAGAACCGUCUAUAAUGGAUUCAAAAUGCCAUUUAAAAGACGAAAUUUUGAGGUUAAAAAAAAUAUUUAGACAUUAUUUAGAUGAUGAUACGCAAUUUAUAAUUCGUCUUGAUCCGUCGGGUCCGUUAUUCGCUGAAAACAACAAACUUAAUCGACUUGACGUAGACGACGCCGCGUUCGUACAAGUAAUUCACACGAAUACGAUAAUAAACGGUAUAGAAAUAGCGUGCGGAACGGCGGAUUAUUAUCCGAACGGGGGAACGAUUCAGAACAGUUGCGGAAAUGACGUCACCGGCGUAUGUUCGCACGAAAGAGCUUUGACGUUUUUCGUCGAAUCGAUCACUAGUGACAGAUUCGUUUCUUGCGCCAAUUAUGACAGUUAUAAGAAUGGCGAAUGUGACGAAUCGGACAAAUCCGUCAUGGGACGAUUGAAUGUAGAUACGAGGUAAAUUCAAAAGAAUGUAGAGUACUUUAUAUUAGAUUGAUUUUAUUACGAUAUGAUAAUAUUGAAAAUACAUUGAUAACAAUCGUAUUUUAAUGUACUUGUUUUAUUAUUAUUGUAAAUGGGAAUUGUCGAAAAUCGUAAUUCAAACAACAUAUUUUGAUAAUAAAUUUGUAAAACUAUUGUCCA